AAAUGACUUCAAUAUUUUUAAUAAAAAGAAUCCUUUUAUCAUAAAAGACAUGAUCCCUUUGCCAUAUGAACCUAGCCAAGAAGUAGAGGUUGAGAAAAUCCGAUGUCCAGUAUUACUAAUUUCAGGAGAGGAUGACCAGGCCUUUCCAUCAGUAGAAGCAAGUCAUUAUAUUGAAAAGAAGAUGAAGGAGGCUGGGAACUCUCAUCUACUUUCCAGAAUUUGCUAUCCAGGAGCUGGCCAUGCAAUUCAACCUCCUUUUACUCCAUUGUGUCGUUUGCUGUAUUAUUCAUUUCCUGGGUUUAAAGAGCGUGUCUGGACAUUGUUUGGGGGAGAAGAAAAAGCUCACGCAGCAGCUCAAGUAGAUGCCUGGAAACAAAUUUUAAUAUUUCUGAAACAGCACCUUGUUCUCAGUUAGGCCAUAACUCAUUAAGCACUAUUUUCAUAAUUCAAAAGCUAUAGUGAUAGUUAUUCUAGAAUGUUCUUUUUAAUAUUGUCAAGGUUUACUGACUGGAGGAAAAUUAAACUGAGAACAAUGGAACAGUGUGACUUUUUCCAGCAAGAAUUGUGAUUUAUCAAUAAUAUCUUAACAGUUUCAUAUAUUUUACUAUGAACUGUGCUUAUUUUAAUGUACUAAUAUACUGUGUUUAAAUCUCAGUACUCAGCAUUAUAUAAUAGUUAUAUUAUAUUGUGUUCUCUGUCAAUUGAUCAAUGACUACAGGUUUAAUAUAUCUCGAUUAGUAAAGCCCUUGCCUAUGCAAAGAUCUAUUUUUUUCCCAAAUCAUAUAUUAUUACAUUUCAUAUACUUGGUACAUUAUGCUGAAAUGUGUUAUGUAAACACCAACAUCUUAAUGACAAUACAUUUUAAUACACAUUGUCACCAGCUCACAAUAGUUAUUCAGUUGAAGUUCUGCAUUUAGAAAUUACAUUUGUAAUGAAGGUUUAAUGGACUAGCAAUCAAAUGCAGUAUACUUGCUAGGUAUCUUUAUUUAAAAAACAUGAAACCAUUAUUUUAACUAUUAUUUCCUAGUGCACAUUAUCAUAUAGUAUUUUCUUCAGUAGAUAUCCAUACUAAGCACUAAACUUCAAACCAUCAGCAGCUGUAAUAAAAAGAACAAGGUGUACAUAUCCACAACCCAAUAAUAAAGAACACUUUAACCCUCAGCUGUCCUUGUACCCUUCUUAAAAUGAUCUCCUACUUUUCCAAGGGACCUGCUUUUUACCAUUUCCUAGAAAGGAUAUGUAGGACCCAAUCUUUUAGGAAUUUAUAUGAGGGAAUCUCAUUGGAUUAGAGGAAUAAUAGCAAAUAGAAUGGAUGGCAACAGUAAUAAUAGAAUUCAGCCACGCAGCCUUCCUCCCUAAAUUCAUACUUUUUCCAUUUCAUGAAUUAAUGUAGAAUCAAAAGAUAUUCUAGGUGGAAUAUUAUCUUCUUUAGAAUUCUGUUAUUAUGUUAGAGUAUAAAACCACUCAUAUGUGGAUUAAUCUAACAUAAAAAUGCAUAUUUUCAAAUGUACACUUUUUAAAGCUUUCAGAUAUAGAAAGUAAAUGAAAUGCCAUAAGAAGACACACUUGCAAAGAGGACUUCACAAUAGCAUGCAUAUAUAGUAGAAGCAAACUAGAAAUUAAUUAGUUAUCCAGUCAAACAUGAAUGGGAUGAUUUGGGAUGGGAGGUUGGCAUAAUGGUUAAUAUGUUUAUCUUGCAAACACAAGGUGCAAGGUUUGAUUCUCACAUGGAGGUAAUUAGCUAUUCUUAAAAUGACCCACAAGGGCAAUAAGCCUAGUACUAAUCUAUCAACAAUAUAAAUGAAGUUAGUCAAAUAGUAAUGCAGCCUUCCUAGCCUCUGUACUCAAGAUAUGAUAAGACAUGAAAGUGUAAAUUAUGAACAAAUUUUAAUAGAACUGAGAAAACAUAUCAUCCUCCUCUAAAGUACUCAAAAUGAGCCAUUUUACCAUUCAAAGUUUGGAAUAUUUGACAAAGAUGUUAUAAACAUUUUAAAAACAAUAAAUUCAGAUUAUUUAUUCAACAAAUUUCCUUUCUGAUAAUUGCAAACCUAUAAAAAGUAAGAUAGUCUCUAAAGAAUCGAUAGCAUUACAAGAUAUGAACAAUUUUAAAAUUGUGUGUAUACAGAGAAAGCAGAAAAAAACAUUUUUAUUUAUAAUAAUUAAUUUGAACCAAUAUCCUGAGUAACACCAAGUUUGAGAAUCCAUCUUUUCACCUUAUAAUGCAAACUAUAUAAUUAUCCACAUUAUUAGCCAAGUGGGCAUUACCCUUUCAAUCCCUAUAACCUUAAAUAUGGCAGUGCUAUGUUGUAAAUAAUGUCAAACUAAUACAUCACAUUAUCUAGAAUAUUUAAGAUCACGUGUAUAUAAUGACAAUCUUUGUUUAAGGGGCUGACAUUUUUUGAAGAGUGGCUUGGUUAUAAUUUAGUCUGCUCUACUCUAAUCUACUAAACUAUUCUAUAAUUUUCUAUUUCUCAUAUAAAAUUGUUUUACACACUGAUUUGUAUAUUGAAUUGACAAUUAGUGGUUAAUCCCUAUGUGCUGUAAAGUUUAUUGUGAUUUAACAAACAAACUGAAUCUAUAGUAUAUUUAUUCUUCAGUUCCUCGAGUUCCUUUAAAUGUUAUGAGUUGAUUUGUUAAGAUGUCAGCACUGAAGAAGUUCCUCUCAGUUGGAAUGAAACCUGGCUUCCAUGCUGGUGUUUUGACCUUCACAUUAAAUAUUUUUCUGUCUACUUGGUAAUUGCUGUUAUGUUUCUUAUGUUUUAUGUAUAUAGCUCUCAACUGAAUUAUGGGCAAAGCUGAUCAGAAUUCGGGGAACUUCUAGAAAUAAUCAGGGAUAUUGACUGCACUGGAGUUCUGGAGGUUUGUACUCCUCCCAGUGAUUGCAUACUGAGCAUUUUGAUGACCGAGUUAUGGCCUCACAUUUCAAACAAAAAUUCAUAUAUCUGGAACCAUAAUGGUUCUAAAGAAAUACAAAUUGCAAGUUGUUCAGCAUAAACAAACAAAUAUUUACACUGUCAGUGUUCAUUAUAUUCAAGGAAUUAAAAUGGAUUUUAUACGUCUCAAUAAACAGUAAAUAUUAAUUUUUGUAAUAUUUGUGAACAACUUACAAUAUCACAGUAAGCACUCAAGCUAUACACAUAUCAGUAGCAUUUUGUUUGUCCAUCUGUGAGCUUUCGUAAUUCAUAUGAGGCUAUAUGACUAUGUCUGUGUUAUGUGGUUGUUGUUAUAUUUAGAAAAAUAUGUAAAUGACAGCAAUGUAAAUAAUUAGUAUAUGAUUAACAAUUAAUAUCUCUUAAACAGCACUAGACAGAGGUCAAAUAUAGGUAAAUUUACACUGCCUGCCAUGUAAGCUUUAAUAUGAAAUCUUUCAAUAUUUUGUGUAUAAUAUGGCUUGAAGUUAUUAAGCAAAUAUAAACAGGUUAUAUUAGAUGCUACAAGGCAUCAGGAGGAUGCAACAACAGAAGCACCUGAAGAUAUCACUAGAAUGCAAUUAGUUAAAAAUUUUAGCACUGUUAACUUAAAAUGUUGACAGAGAAAGUGUGAAUAUGCAAAUAUAUUCUAUAGCAAAAAAAAAAUCUACAAUUAUUCAUAGAAUUAUUAUCAUUAUUUACUUAGUAUAGUUCACCACCUCUCUCCAAACAUCAUCAGUUCUACAAGGGAUUAAGGUGGAUAGAGCCAAAAUUUCAGUCAAAAAAUCAGAAAAUCAAGGACAGUUGAGAGGUAUAUGAAAACAAGGUUAGUGUCUUGUAGUUUAAUAGAUCAAUACUAGGCUAUUGAUCUAGCAGACAGUUAGUAGCCUAGCCACAAUACCCAGUCUGCCUGACAUCGACAAUUCAUAUAUAUAUGCUGCAAACAUUUUUUUUCUAAACAUUUAAAGGCUGUAGUCUGAACCAUGUAUGUGCAAUAGUAUAUAUAAGCAAUUGUGUUUAUACACGUGACCACUAGAUGUCAGAAGUAGACCAUCUCAGCUUUUUUUAAAAAUAAAAAUCUUGAUAGCUGUCAUUGUGUGCUUAAUUUGAUUAAACUAUAGUGUUCUUUGCUUGUUAGCAUAUAUCAUUUGUUAUAUUGUGUCUGAUGUUUACAGAUAUGUAAAUUACACAAAUAUUUCUACAUAGAUUUAUAUUUUGUGCUGUUGUGCAUGAUUUUUUUUCUUGGUGUUUUGUGUUCAUCUGACGGAAAGUGUCAUAAUGUUAUUGCUAUUUUUUUUUUCAUUUAAAUGGUAAUGUGUAGCUCUUUAGUAAAAUUUACUGAAGACACUUGCAUUUGGUUAGUGAAACCAGUCUUCCUGUAUCAAUACAUGCUUGGCUACAGCAUUUUGGAUUAAAUGAAUAUUUCUUGCA